AUGGAUAGUAUAGACCAGUAUCAACCGAGUUGGAGAUUCACCAUCCCAGGAGUGAAGAAAAGUGAUGCUAUGCAACGCAACGCUGAAGCUGGAAUGCCUAAUCACUAUACACGAAAGACUGAUAAAGGAAAUGUAAGUGUUGAAAUCUACGACCUGGCUUAUGAAGAGGUUGAGAUAAGAGGUAGAAGUCUAAGAGAUGCUGCGUCUCCUUACAAUAUAAAUUACAUGUCUUUGUCAAGAUUCAUUAAGAAGAAAGAGGCUUAUCAAGCUAACCCAGUAGCAUCUAAUUAUGGGCUGACUACGAAAGAAACUAGAGUUAUUGCAUAUCAGUUAGCCGAAAAAUAUAAUAAAAAAAUUCCCGAGACAUGGAGGCAAAAUAAAAAAGCUGGAGAAAUGUGGCUCAAGCUAUUUAUGAAACGGCAUCCUAAUUUAUCUUUAAGAUUACCACAACCCACUAGCAUGGCUCGCGCUACCAGUUUCAAUAAGACAAAUGUGGCCAUUUUCUUUGAUAACUACACAGGCGUCUUAAGUAAGCAUGAACUUGAUGCAAAAGAUAUUUGGAAUAUCGACGAAACCGGAAUAACUACCGUCCAGAAGCCUGAUAGAAUAAUAGCACGACGCGGAGAAAAACAGGUUAGUGCUAUGACAUCUGCAGAAAGGGGGAAUUUGGUCACACUGGCUUCAGCUGGAAAUGCAAUAGGUAAUUAUAUACUACUCAUGUUUGUAUUCCCACGCAAACGAUUCCAAGAGCAUUUUAUUAGGGACGGUCCAACUGGUUCAAUCAGAACAGCUAACGGAUCAGGUUGGAUGCAAGAGGAUGAUUUUUAA